CACGCCCUUCUAGGGAGGGCCCAGCGCCGGCACAGAGCCUCUGCGGGGCUCCAGGCUCAGCGGGCCUUGGCCACCUCCAUUUCCUCGCGCGCUCAUGCCCAGUGGCUGCCCUGAAAAUCUCCACGGGAGUCCACCGGCUCCCCGGGAGGCCACAGCACGGAGGGCCACAACCCGGUCAGGCCCGCGGCGCGCGCGGGGAAGAAGGGCGGCGCACGCGCAGUCCCGGGCGCGCGUCCCGCGCCCUCCCCCGCCCGGCUCGCCGGCGGCCUCAGUCCGCCACCCACAGGCUGCCUGACUAGAGGCCGGCUGGGAGGCUGAGGCCGACGCAGAGUCCAAGCCUGUGUCGCCAACGGCGCUGAGAAGACGGUGUGGCCUGGGAGAGGGUGGAGACUACGGCCGUGACGGGCUUCCCGGCUGCCCUAAGUGGGAGUGGUGUGGGCUGCAGGAAGGAGAGAGGAAGAGGAGCAGAAGGGGGCAGCAGCGGCCGCGGCUAACGGCCUUCCGCGGCGCUGACUGGCUGGGCCGGCGCCCGGCUCUUUCGGGAGUUCGCGCCUCCGCCUCUGCCCCCUUGGCACCUCUGGCCCCCGGGCCCCGGCUUGCGGCGCACGUCGGGCGGAGGGCUGCCGCGGCACAAGAAGAGGCCUGGUCCCUGCCGUCCAGGGAUGUGAGUGGGAGCCGAGCCCGCACGGGAGGGCCCCCGAGGACCCAGCCUGGCGGGCGCUCGGACCCGUGCCCACUCUGGGGGCUUCGCAGACCUGGGCCAGCCUGAGACGCCGGGUUUCAGAAGCAGGCAACGGGAACAAGAUGUGAACUGUUUGCCUUCUGCAGAAGGAAAAGAGGCCCUUCCUCCGCCUCCGACGGUUCGCGAUCCUGGCUGCUGGGCUUCAUCGCCUCGAAAAAGGCCAACUUAAGUCACUUAUGCCUUUGAUUCUAUGUCGAAAAGAAUCAGUGGAUUUUCUAAAAUAGCAAAUGUUCUGAAAAAGACUCUUCAUGGGAAUGGCUUGUCUCACAAUGACAGAAAUGGAAGAAACAUCUACAACUCCUAUGCAUCAGAAUGGUGAUAUUCCUGGAAAUCCUAAUUCUGUGAAACAGAUAGAUCCAGUCCUUCAGGUGUAUCUUUACCAUUCACUCGGGAAAGCUGAGGGAGAUUAUCUCAUCUUCCCAACGGGGGAGUAUGUUGCAGAAGAAAUUUGUGUUGCUGCUUCUAAAGCUUGUGGUAUUACACCUGUAUAUCAUAAUAUGUUUGCUUUAAUGAGUGAAACAGAAAGAAACUGGUAUCCACCCAACCAUGUCUUCCAUAUAGAUGAGUCAACCAGUCAUAAUGUCCUCUACAGAAUAAGAUUUUACUUUCCUCACUGGUAUUGUAAUGGUAGCAACAGAACUUAUCGACACGGAGUAUCUCGAGGUGCUGAAGCACCUCUUCUUGAUGACUUUGUCAUGUCUUACCUUUUUGCUCAGUGGCGGCAUGAUUUUGUGCAUGGUUGGAUCAAAGUACCUGUGACUCACGAAACUCAGGAAGAAUGUCUUGGGAUGGCAGUGUUAGAUAUGAUGAGAAUAGCCAAAGAAAAGGAUCAAACUCCACUGGCCAUCUAUAACUCUAUCAGCUACAAGACAUUCUUACCAAAAUGUGUUCGAGCAAAGAUCCAAGAUUAUCAUAUUUUGACAAGGAAGCGAAUAAGGUAUAGAUUUCGCAGAUUUAUCCAGCAGUUCAGCCAGUGUAAAGCCACUGCCAGAAACUUGAAACUUAAGUAUCUUAUAAAUCUGGAAACUCUUCAGUCUGCCUUCUACACAGAGCAGUUUGAAGUAAAAGAACCUGGAAGAGGUCCUUCAGGUGAGGAGAUUUUUGCAACCAUUAUAAUAACUGGAAACGGUGGAAUUCAGUGGUCAAGAGGGAAACAUAAAGAAAGUGAGACACUGACAGAACAGGAUUUACAGUUAUAUUGUGAUUUUCCUGAUAUUAUUGAUGUCAGUAUUAAGCAAGCAAACCAAGAAGGUGCAAAUGAAAGCAGAGUUGUAACUAUUCAUAAGCAAGAUGGUAAAAAUUUGGAAAUUGAACUUAGCUCAUUAAAGGAAGCUUUGUCUUUUGUGUCGUUAAUUGAUGGAUAUUAUAGAUUAACUGCAGAUGCACAUCAUUACCUCUGUAAAGAAGUAGCUCCUCCAACAGUGCUUGAAAAUAUACAAAGCAACUGUCAUGGCCCGAUUUCAAUGGAUUUUGCCAUCAGUAAGCUGAAGAAAGCAGGUAAUCAGACUGGACUAUAUGUACUUCGAUGCAGUCCUAAGGACUUUAAUAAAUAUUUUCUGACCUUCGCUGUUGAGAGAGAAAAUGUCAUUGAAUAUAAACACUGUUUGAUUACCAAAAAUGAGAAUGGAGAGUAUAACCUCAGUGGGACUAAGAAGAACUUCAGUAAUCUUAAAGAUCUUCUGAAUUGCUACCAGAUGGAAACUGUUCGCUCAGACAGUAUAAUUUUCCAGUUUACUAAGUGCUGCCCCCCAAAGCCAAAGGAUAAGUCAAAUCUUCUAGUCUUCAGAACCAAUGGUGUUUCUGAUGUACCGCUCUCACCAACUUUACAGAGGCAUAAUAAUGUCAACCAAAUGGUGUUUCACAAAAUCAGAAAUGAAGAUUUGAUAUUCAAUGAAAGUCUUGGCCAAGGUACUUUUACAAAAAUUUUUAAAGGUAUAAGAAGAGAAGUAGGAGACUAUGGUCAACUACAUGAAACAGAAGUUCUUUUAAAAGUCCUGGAUAAAGCACAUAGAAACUAUUCAGAGUCUUUCUUUGAAGCAGCAAGCAUGAUGAGCCAGCUUUCUCAUAAACAUUUGGUUUUAAAUUAUGGAGUAUGUGUGUGUGGAGAGGAGAAUAUUCUGGUUCAGGAGUUUGUAAAAUUUGGAUCACUAGAUACAUAUUUAAAAAAGAAUAAAAAUUCUAUAAAUAUAUUAUGGAAACUUGAAGUGGCUAAACAGUUGGCAUGGGCCAUGCAUUUUCUAGAAGAAAAAACCCUUAUUCAUGGGAAUGUGUGUGCCAAAAAUAUUCUACUUAUCAGAGAAGAAGACAGGAAGACGAGAAACUCCCCUUUCAUCAAACUUAGUGAUCCUGGCAUUAGUAUUACUGUUUUGCCGAAGGAUAUUCUGCAGGAGAGAAUACCAUGGGUACCACCUGAAUGCAUUGAAAAUCCUAAAAAUCUAAAUUUAACAACAGACAAAUGGAGUUUUGGUACCACUUUGUGGGAAAUCUGCAGUGGAGGAGAUAAGCCUUUGAGUGCUCUGGAUUCUCAACGAAAACUACAAUUUUAUGAAGAUAGACACCAGCUUCCUGCACCAAAGUGGACAGAAUUAGCAAACCUUAUAAAUAAUUGUAUGGAUUACGAACCAGAUUUUAGGCCUUCUUUCAGAGCCAUCAUACGAGAUCUUAACAGUUUGUUUACUCCAGAUUAUGAACUAUUAACGGAAAAUGACAUGUUACCAAAUAUGAGGAUAGGUGCCCUAGGGUUUUCUGGUGCUUUUGAAGAUAGGGACCCUACACAGUUUGAAGAAAGACAUUUGAAAUUUCUGCAACAACUUGGCAAGGGUAAUUUUGGAAGUGUGGAGAUGUGCCGGUAUGACCCUCUGCAGGACAACACUGGAGAGGUGGUGGCUGUGAAAAAGCUCCAGCACAGUACUGAAGAGCACCUCAGAGACUUUGAAAGGGAAAUUGAAAUCCUAAAAUCCUUACAACAUGACAACAUUGUAAAGUACAAAGGAGUGUGCUACAGUGCUGGCCGGCGUAAUCUAAGAUUGAUUAUGGAAUAUUUACCAUAUGGAAGUUUACGGGACUAUCUCCAGAAACAUAAAGAAAGGAUAGAUCACAAAAAACUUCUGCAGUACACAUUUCAAAUAUGCAAGGGUAUGGAAUAUCUUGGUACAAAAAGGUAUGUCCACAGGGAUCUGGCAACAAGAAAUAUAUUGGUAGAGAAUGAGAACAGAGUUAAAAUAGGAGAUUUUGGGUUAACCAAAGUAUUACCACAAGACAAAGAAUAUUACAAAGUGAAAGAACCUGGUGAAAGUCCCAUCUUCUGGUAUGCUCCAGAAUCACUGACAGAGAGUAAGUUUUCUGUUGCUUCAGAUGUUUGGAGCUUUGGAGUGGUUCUGUACGAACUUUUCACGUAUAUUGAAAAGAGUAAAAGUCCACCAGCGGAAUUUAUGCGCAUGAUUGGCAAUGACAAACAAGGACAGAUGAUUGUGUUCCAUUUAAUAGAACUCUUGAAGAAUAAUGGGAGAUUACCAAGACCAGAUGGAUGUCCAGAUGAGAUUUAUAUGAUUAUGACAGAAUGCUGGAACAAUAACGUAAAUCAUCGUCCAUCUUUUAGGGACCUAGCUCUUCGAGUGGAUCAAAUAAGGGACAACAUGACUGAAUGAAAGAAAUGAUCUUCACUCUGAGACCAAAGUAGACUUACAAAUCAAAAUUUUGUAUUUCACAUUGCUGUGGACUAUUAUUACAUAUAUUUCAUAAAUCAUGAUGCUAGUCAGCAAAAAUGUGAAAAUAUCAGCUCAAAAGUUUCAAAGUUUAAUAGUUUUUCUUAAUGAAGGCGACAAGUAGAAGACAAUAAUGAAAACUCUUGAACAAGAAAUUUUGUAACAAGUUUCAUGAACCUUAUCAGUCAACAUCACUCUUCUCUUGCAAAGGAAAAAAAAGACUUUUCCAACUCAGCUUUUUGAGAAAUGAGAAACAUAAUGUAAAUUUUGAAUUGUUCAAGAUGCACAGAAUAUAUAUGUACAGUUUUUGCCACUGUUAAUGUAUUAUACUUUGUCAUCUUGUGUGAUGUUUUACACAAGGGCUGGUGUUCAUUCAUAAUGGUUUUUAAUUUUUCCAUAGUUGAUCUACAAUAACUUCACCAUAAACAGAAAGUAUGAUUCUCAGAUAACUGAGUAAGCACCUUGGUGUCCUUCUUCAUUUAUAUCACUGGCCAGCAGUAUAAGCAGGUGUAUACUUUCAGCUUGUAGUUUCAUGUACUGUAAAUAUUUUUCAAAGCAAAGGGAACAAAUGUCUAGAUGUAUUUGUAUAGGAAAUUUUCCUUACCCUAAACAAUACAUUUUGAAUUGGAACAAGCUUACAAAGACACAACACAAUCUAUUUUCUUAUUUGUUUCCCUUGUAUUUGGUUCACCCUCCAAUGGCCGCCGCGGCCAGCGCACUGCGGCUGACGCAUUGCACUGAUCCAAAGCCAGGAGCCAGGUGCUUCUCCUGGUCUCCCAUGCGGGUGCAGGGCCCAAGGACUUGGGCCAUCCUGCACUGCACUCCCGGGCCACAGCAGAGAGCUGGCCUGGAAGGGGGGCAACUGGGACAGAAUCCAGCGCCCUGACCGGGACUAGAACCCGGUGUGCCGGCGCCACAAGGUGGAGGAUUAGCCUAUUGAGCCGCGGCGCCGGCGUCAAAUAUUUUUAAGACUACAAUGAACACUUUUCUUUUAAAAGUUUGAAAUUAAGAAUGCCAGGAAUAGUGUCAUCCUUUGGAGCUGUUGACUGCCAAUAAGUUUCUUCAGUCCCCCGGAACCUGUGGUCAUGCAUUAAAUUUAAGCAUAAGCCAUAAAACUUUUUAAAUUGUAUACGCUUAUUAGGAUACAUAAUGGGUUAGAAAUAUUUUUUCUAAACACUGUCUAUUUGAGGGGUUUCAUAGUUCUCUAUUGCAAGUCACAGAAGAUAAUUCCUUGUGUUAGGGAGUCUUAUACACAAGAGAUAAAGUAAGUAAAUUGGUGAAAAAGAAUGCUUAUUUUAUUUCAGAAUUCCAGUAGAGUAUUUAUAAUGUAUAUCUUUAAGAAAAUGAGAGUAUACAUAUUUUCAGUUAAAGGAUUGUUUUUUUGUCAUCAUCUGUUUUAUUUCUACUCCAUUUUAGAUGCCAUACAUAAAAUAAAAUAUGGUAGGGUCUUUUUGUGUGUUGAUUUAUCAAAUCUAAAAUAUUUGGUAUUUUGACAAAAAAAGAAAGUAGUUUAUUUUCAGUGGUCGAUUUUUUUAAAAUUUGUACUUAAGACUUCUGAUAUGUUUGAAAGGAAGGAAAGGGAAUAAAUGCAUUUCACAUUUGUUAUUUUUAAAGCAUUUUAGUAGUUGCUACAUGCAGAAAUCAUCUAAAAAUGACAGUGUUUUAUAUUUUAAAAAGGUUUCUCAUAAAUAUUUUGAAGAAGGCUGAAUAUAAUUUUUAUUUAAUUUGUAAAGACUUCUCAAGGAUUUUUAUAUGAAAGUAAGAGAUCUUCCAUUCUACUUUCAUGUGAGAAGUAGUAUAUAGUACAGUAUGCUUGAUUUUAGAUUUUUGUACCAAAAUUUUAGUAUUUAAAAUAUAAUCUUAAAAAAAUAUAAUCUUUUCAGAAGCCUAUAAUGUUCUGUUUGUUUUUAAAAACAAGGAUGUGAACUAGAUGUCUUUAAACUUUUUUUUUCAUGUUUCGCUUUUUAAUUUUAGAUAAAGAAUGCCACAGACCCAUUCUUAAGUUUUCAGAGUGAGAUGACUACAUUAUUAUAAAAUGUCAAGUUUUCAGGAAAUGUCUUUUGCAUUGAGAGUUAGUAAUAUAUUAAAUUUUGAUCCUGAAAAUUUAUCAAAGGAAUUGCUGCUGUUUAGUUGGUUCUGCAUAAGAAACAGGUAAGUAAUUACUGUGCCACUUUAUCCCAAAAUGUUUCUUCAUAUGAAUAUUCUUUAAAAAUGUGGCUAAAGGUUUUUUGUAGAAUUCUGUAAUUCUGUAAAUAUUCCAGGGUAUUAAGUUAUACAGUCUUUAUAUAAAUAACUGCCUACUUCUAUAAGUACUUGCUUUGGUAAAGAGUCACUUUUUCAUGCUAUUUAUAAACACUGUCAGUAGCACUGUAAUAUGCUGUGCAAGAGUACUUUCUUAUAAUUCAAGAAGCCUACUUUCAAGUCAGGUGAAAUUUUUAUCCCAACUGUAACUUCUGAUAAAAUUUUAUUUAAACAGCUUUUUUAUGCAGGAGACAUGAGAACAUACCUACAUUUCUUUAUCUGGGGAGCCAUUUUCAUAUCUGGAUUGUUUUUUGUGCUUAAUUUAUUGAGACUAUGUUAAUUUCUUCAUUGUUCCUUUAGCAUGUUCCCACAAAAUUGAAAUAUUGUUGUAAUAAAAAUUCAGAAGUUA